CGCGCAGCCCAUCCUAUGGCAUCCGAGAAGCCCCAUUUCGCAGGGGUUUCCGCACGGACUCGGGGAGAUCGGUGAAGUCGGAGGGCCGCCUUCAGGCUGAUUGUCUCGCCUGCGCAGCCCCCUCCCCGGGUCGUGCGUUGAGAACGCCAACAUCGGAGACAGAACGCUGGGGACCCUGCCGUCGGCCGUCCUCUGGGUCCUUCUCCCUUCAGGGCGGCGGAGUCAGUCGCUGCGAACCGCGGAUUAUUUCCCAUCUUUCCUGAGUUGCAGCAGGGCCGCUCAUCCUGUGCUCUGGGCGGUGAGGCCGCCGGCGGUAGAAGACUUAGAAUAAAAGGACUCCCGCGACCCCACCGCCGCGCUGCGCCCCGAGCCGUGCCGGCCUCAUGGGAGUGCAGGGCCUCUGGAAGCUGCUGGAGUGCUCGGGCCGGCAGGUCAGCCCGGAGACGCUGGAGGGGAAGAUCCUGGCCGUGGAUAUUAGCAUUUGGUUAAACCAAGCACUUAAAGGAGUCCGAGAUCGCCAUGGGAACGCAAUAGAAAAUGCUCAUCUUCUCACUUUGUUUCAUCGACUCUGCAAACUCUUAUUUUUUCGAAUUCGUCCUAUUUUUGUAUUUGAUGGGGAUGCUCCACUACUGAAGAAACAGACUUUGGCUAAGAGAAGGCAGAAAAAAGACUUGGCCACCAGUGACUCCAAAAAAACUACAGAGAAGCUUUUGAAAACAUUUUUGAAAAGACAAGCUAUCAAAACUGCCUUAAGAAGCAAAAGCCUGUGUGUACUUUGCAGAGAUGAAGCACUACCCAGUCUUACUCAAGUUAAAAGAGAAGAUGACAUCUAUGCUUUGCCACCUUUACAAGAGGAAGAAAAAAAUAGUUCAGAAGAGGAAGAUGAAAAAGAAUGGCAAGAAAGAAUGAAUCAAAAACAAGCAUUACAGGAAGAGUUCUUUCAGAAUCCUCAUGCAAUAGAUAUUGAGUCUGAAGACUUCAGCAGCCUGCCCCCUGAAAUAAAGCAUGAAAUCUUGACUGAUAUGAAAGAAUUUACCAAGAGAAGAAGAACAUUAUUUGAAGCAAUGCCAGAGGAGUCCAAUGACUUUUCACAAUACCAGCUCAGAGGCUUACUUAAAAAAAACUAUCUCAACCAACACAUAGAAAAUGUCCAAAAGGAAAUGAAUCAGCAACAUUCAGGACAAAUCCAAAGGCAAUAUGAAGAUGAAGGGGGCUUUUUGAAAGAGGUGGAGUCAAGAAGAGUGGUCUCUGAAGACACUUCACAUUACAUCUUGAUAAAAGGUAUACAAGCUAAGAAAGUUGCAGAUAUGGAUUCAGAGUCUUUUCCAUCUUCCAGCAAAAUGCACAACACGUCUUUUGACAUAAAGUCAUCUCCACGUGAAAAACUGAAGCCAGAGAAAGAGCCUGAUGCCACCCCCACUUCUCCAAGAACUGUGCUGGCCAUGCAAGCUGCCCUGUUGGGGAGCAGUUCCGAAGAGGAGCUGGAGAGUGAGAAUCAAAGGCAGCACAAUAAGAGGAAUGCAUUUACUGCUGGAGGUGAGGGCUCUGUAUCACCACUGACUCUCUUGGCUAUUCAGAAAGCUCUGGAUGAUGAUGAAGACGUGAAAGUGCAUGCUGGGAAUGGUGUGCAGACUGGAGGGUCAGAAGCCAAAAAACUGGUUAUGAGCAGUUCUGAUGAGGAAACUGAUGAAGGACUUCACACAAGAGAUAGAAAAGGAAUGCUGUUGACAACAGUGCCUCAUUCAACCAGUGUGAACUUCGUAGAAGAGCGUGUAACCUGCACUAAUAAUGAAAAAGAGGUAGCCGACUCACCUCUUUUGUCAAGUACUGUCUUUUGUGAAGGCAGUGAAUCUAACAUUCCAAAAGAACAAAUGUCAUUUAGUCACAGGGUUAACAAAGCCUUUCAGACAAGUGAUGAGCCUACGGUUAAUGAUAGGAAAGAUUCAGUUUCUUUAGAAAACACAGUGGUUAUACACGUGAAUGCACUUGGGCUCCCGAGUGGAGGAGAACUGACAUCAGCACCUCCUAUAAAUCCAAGGUCUGUAUCAGAGAAUGAAACAUACACCAAAGUGCUUGAGAUACAACAAGUUCUUUGUCCAUCUGAGGUUAAAUAUGAUUCUUCUGUUCUUUCAAGUAAUGAUGAAUGUGAAAAAAAUCCUGCUUCUAAAGUUACUCCUGUCAGUUUACAAGAAACAAGUAACACACUAAGUGUCCCAUCAGAGGCAAUAAGUAACUUAGAAAAUGCUAAAGAGCAUGAGAAUUUCCUGAAAACCAUCCAAGAAUGUGAGACAGUGGAAUCUUCAGGCCAGAAUUUAAUUUCAGCUCCAAAGUCUAUGGAACCAAUGGAAAUCAACUCUGAGGAAAGUGAAUCUGAUGGAAGUUUCAUUGAAGUACAGAGUGUAAUUAGUGAUGAUGAACCUCAAACUGAGUUAGCAGAAGCUUCCAAACCUUCCUCUGGACAAGGUGAAGAGGAACUGAUAGGAACUGAGAAAGAAGAAGUCACUGGUGACUCUGAGAGCCUCCUAAGAGACAACUCUGAAAGUGAGCCCUUGGGUACUGAGCCACAUGAAGAAACUGAAAAUGAUGCAGAUGAUUCGCUCAAUGAAUGGCAAGAUAUUAAUUUGGAGGAGCUGGAAACUCUGGAGAACAACCUUUUAACACAACAGAAUUCUUUGAAAGCUCAAAAACAGCAGCAAGAACGGAUUGCUGCUACUGUUACAGGACAGAUGUUUUUGGAAAGCCAGGAACUUCUUCGCCUGUUUGGAAUUCCAUACAUUGAGGCUCCCAUGGAAGCAGAGGCUCAGUGUGCCAUUCUGGACCUGACUGAUCAAACUUCCGGAACAAUCACUGAUGAUAGUGAUAUUUGGCUGUUUGGAGCACGGCAUGUGUAUAAAAACUUCUUUAAUAAAAAUAAGUUUGUAGAAUAUUACCAAUAUGUGGACUUUCACAAUCAGUUAGGAUUGGACCGGAACAAAUUAAUAAAUUUGGCCUAUUUGCUUGGAAGUGAUUACACAGAAGGAAUAGCAACUGUAGGUUGUGUUACAGCUAUGGAAAUUCUCAAUGAAUUCCCUGGACAUGGCUUGGAACCUCUCCUAAAGUUUUCAGAAUGGUGGCAUGAAGCUCAAAAAAAUAAGAAGAUAAGACCUAACCCUUAUGACACCAAAGUGAAAAAAAAGUUACGGAAGUUGCAACUCACACCUGGCUUUCCUAACCCAGCUGUUGCAGAUGCUUACCUCAAACCUGUGGUGGAUGACUCCAAGGGAUCAUUUCUGUGGGGGAAACCUGAUCUUGAGAAAAUUAGAGAAUUUUGUCAGCGGUAUUUUGGCUGGAACAGGACAAAGACAGAUGAGUCUUUGUUUCCGGUAUUAAAACAACUGAGCGCCCAACAGACCCAGCUCCGAAUUGAUUCUUUCUUUAGAGUAGCUCAACAAGAGAAACAAGAUGCUAAGGCUAUUAAGAGCCAGAGACUUAACAGAGCUGUGACGUGUAUGCUGAGAAAAGAAAGAGAAGAAGCAGUUUCUGUUGCCAUGGAGAAAGAAUUUGAGUUCCCUGAUAAGGUAAAAGGUAAGACCCAGAAGAGAAGCAUAGCAAAUAAAUGGAAAGAGUCGCCAAGUCUGAAAAGAACAAGGCUUUCGGAUGCUAAACGAGAGAGUAAAUGUGGUGGGUUUUUGGGGGAAGACUAUAUCUCGCAAUCAUCUGAUGCAUCCUCAAAUGAGGAUGCAGAGAGUUUAUCUUUAAUGAACGUGCAGCAGGGAAAAGCAGCUGGAGAGGCAAACAUCAGCUCUUCAGAUUUGCAGAACACAGUGAGACCUGAUCCUGUAAGGGACGAAGGUGCCACUACAAGCAGCUCUAGUGAAGAUGAUGGAGAGAAAACAAAACCAGUCCUGGUGACCGCCAGAUCUGUGUUUGGGAAGAAAAAGAGGAAACUGGGAAGCACAAGAAGGAGAAAGAAAAACCUAGUUUAAACGUGUAUUCUCUGUAAUUGUAUACAACUUAACAUUCAUUGUGAGGGAAUAAUAAAAGUAAAUGUAUCUGCAUAGUCUUUGUAUUUUAAAAAUAUGGAUGCUUGCCCUAGAUGGUUUGGCUCAAUGGAUAGAGCAUCCACCCGGGGAUUGAAGAGUACCGGGUUCAACUUCAGUCAGGGGCAUAUACCUUGGUUGCAGGCUCAAUCCCUGGCCCCAGGUGGGGGUGCGUGUGGGAGGCAACCAAUUGAUGUGAUGACAGCAUUGUUUCUUUCAGUCUCUUUCCCUUCCACUACCUCUAAAAAUAAACAAUAAAUUAAAAAAAUAAAAAUUAACUUGGCACGUA